AUGGCUCCUAUUGACGAUUCGUCUACUACUACUGCCACUACUUCUUCAACCUCAACUAUCUCUUCUUCUGUUGAACCGUCACACCCUUUGUACCUGUACCCGUCUGAUUCGCCUGGCAUAAUUUUAGUCACAAAGACCUUUAAUGGCACGGGUUAUGGGGGUUGGAGACGAAGCAUGUUGAUUGGAUUAUCAUGUAAAAAUAAAUUGGGGAUAAUCAAUGGGACAAUCCCCAAACCUAGUGAAAACUCUGUGUUGUUUGAACCCUGGGUCCGUUGUAAUGACAUGGUGACUGCAUGGAUACUAAAUAGUCUAGAGACUGAAAUUAGGGAGAGUGUGAUGUAUACAGAAUCUGCUCAAAAACUUUGGAAAGAAAUCGAACAACUUUAUGGGAAAGCGAAUGGGACUAAGGUGUUUCAAAUUAGGAAGGACCUUGCUUCCAUUUCCCAGGGAUCCUCUAACAUUGCUUCCUAUUUCAGUCGCAUUAAAAAGCUGUGGGAUGAGUUGACUUAUUCAAUCACUUAUCCAGACUGUACAUGUAGUUGUAAAGAGGCCUUUCAGAAGAUCGAAGAAGAGCAGAAGGUUCAUCAAUUUCUGAUGGGUUUAAAUGAAACCUACACCGGGGUUAGGAGAAACAUUCUUCUAAUGAAACCUUUGCCUGAUAUUGACAGUGUGUAUGCUAUGCUGAUUGAGGAUGAAAGCCAAGCUGAAGUUCAAAUUCAGUUUUUAGUCCAGAAUCUGCCUCCUUUAGCACAAAUGUUCAGAAACCUAUGA